UCAUUUUCAUAAACGAUAACGAGACUGCUCACAUUCUAUCUUUCAAAAUGGCGUCGGAAGCCCAAGCAAAGGUCCAACAAGCCGUGGAACAAAUGCUAAGUGAUGUUGAGCGUCAAAGACUCAGGCCACUACUGGCACAGUCUCAUAUGUGUGCAGCUAGAUGUUAUUCAAACAAAAUAUCUGGAAAAGAGUCAUUAGAGCAAUGCACACAGCAGUGUUUUCACCCUGUUCAACAGGUUCAGGAAUUUAUUGGAAAAGAGCUAGGAAAUUUUCAGGACCGUCUUGGAAGAUGUGCAAGACAGUGUCAGGACGAGGUACAGGAUAAAGUUGAUUCAAGCACAACACAUGCUGAAGUGACUUCAUUGCAACAAGAGCUAGACACCUGUGUAGUUAAGUGUUGUAACACACAUGUAGACAUGGUUCCUAGGAUAAUGGGAAGAAUAAAAGAACUUUUGGAACAAUUUAACAAUGAUAAUGACAAAUGACAUUAAGUCUGCUAUUGUAGAGAAUUUGUUUGAAAUUUAGUGUAUUUGAUCCAAAAUCAAUUUUGAGCAUCCACAGAUGAUGUUAUUGUGUAUGUUGAUAAUGAGAAUGAUUUUGUUUUA